CCCCUUCCCAUUUUUAUGGUAUAUUUUUAGCAAUAUUGCGUAUAAAUACUCCAAUGCGGAGAUACGUUAUUUUAACUGUAACACCGAUGAGCAUCGAUCGUAUCGAAAAUGAGCAGGGGCUGCUGGAAAUUCGACGAAGAGGACAAAGCCUUGUAUAUAGAUCUGGAGGAGGAGGACACGGAGGAGGAUAAACUUUACAAGGAGUAUAGCCGCUGGGAUCAGAUUCCUGAUAUCCUGCUGGAGGAGAUUUUUUCAUACUUGACCAUUCGCGAACGUUACUAUGCGUCUCUGGUGUGCCGAUCGUGGUAUCGUGCCUUCAAACUACAGAAUGUAUGGUCUACAUUCACCCUGGAGGACACCACUCUCACACGAGGAAAAUUCAACUAUUACAGCGGUUGGCAGUACGUUUUGGAUCAUAUAAGAACGUCUACGUGUCUGAACAAAGUUGGCAGGAACUUUCGCUCGCUCAUAUUUGAGCCUAUGCUUAAUUUUUACAAUCUUUAUGAGUUUAUGAACAUGAUAUCAUGGUAUGCCGAGCAACAAGGCUUCGACAACACAUCCGUGGCCGGCGUGGGUACCUACAUUCGUAGGCUUAAGUUCACCUUUCCCUGUAACAUGGCAAACAGGAACGAUCCUGAUCGGAUUAGACUCUUUGGCACAGGUGGAAAGCUGCUCGAAGCACUCAAAAGGCUUAUGAGAAAUUUGCAAAAUCUUAGAUGUCUUGAACUAAUAGAUCUGAUGCUCGAGAGUAAUGAGGCCUUACACUUAAUGGACGACAUUUGUAUAAAUUGCACUCAGACCUUGUCGAAAUUGAUAUUGAUAAAUACCACGCGUUACAAUUGCCCGUUAUUACACGUUGGAGUAUUUGUUAAUUUAAAUGUCUUAGUUAUUAGUCCCCAAAAUUUGCACGAGGAUGUACUAGAGUUAAUAGGCUAUACAAAAUUAAAACAUCUUCAUAUCUUACAGAAUCAAUACAGUCCAAAAGAUACCACCAUAAGAUUGCCAAAGAGAUCAUCUUGGAUAAAGAUGAAAGCGAAUAAUCCUUAUUUAAAAGUACAUUUUGAGAUAGAAAGCCAUAAAGCCACGGAUAUACUUUUGCCUAUUGACUUACUUGAGCAUAGCGCCAUACCGUGUCACAGUAUAGUGUUGGAUAAUCCAAAUACGCAAAUUUUGCCAUCCACAGUGCUCACUCAUGGAGCGUUCUUCGAUUCGACGAUACGGGUGUACGCUUUCAAGGGAGUAACGAGGUACUAUCUGCACAGGAACUUCGCCAAGAGAUUGGAUGAGGCGCUAGUGCAAUUCUGCCGAAUGUGCCCGAACCUGCAUACACUGAUGAUACGAGACAAAAUAUCAACAGCUACAAUUCUAGAGAUCGUCUCUACCGCGAAACGUUUACGCUGCUUAUACGUUCGACGAAAUGCUAUCUUGAAGAAAUGUGAUAGAGCCUGGUCGAAGAUCCUGGAUUGGUCGCCCGAGUAUUAUCGAUGGAUAAAGGUAAAUAGUCAUACUUACGAGAACACGGAGAGAGAAGUGUCAAGAAUAUUGGGCUAUCGAUGGCACAUGCUAUCCGAAAAAGAAUUUAAAACACAGACGAUUAAUUUGCAUAUGUAGGUUGUUUUUAUAUAUUAUAUAUAUUUAUUAUAUAUAUAGCGAUCUAUUUGUGCAAAUAAAAAAACUCGCCUGCGAGUUUUUAUAGUCUUCUAAGAAUUUUUUGUAUAUAUAUUAUAUAUUUAUAUAUUUUAAUGUGCCUUAUACAAAUGAAAAAUGUGCAAAGAUUGUUCCCAUGACUGUAUGCUUAAUGUUAGUGAUAAUUCAUAAUAAUUAUGUGCGAGGUUAUUUUUAUGUAACACUGCGUCGAAAUAAUAAUGAUUAAAAAUUAUUAUGGAUAUAUCGAGAAAAAGAUUGAAGUGUACUUAAUUACAUAA